AGAGCCAUUCGCCACAAAAGGGAAUCUAAUUAUUUUUCUUUCUAUUACACAUUAUCCGUCUAUUUGGCCUUAUUCACACCCCAGUGGCAACGAACGACGUCCUUCGGGAAGGUCGCAUUUUGGCACUUGAGGUUUUCUUUGAACUUUUUUUUUUCGCCUGAGCUGUGAACCCAUAAAGCUCCGGAGAUCUGCUUGCAUAUAAAACCCUUUGGCAAAAUCGCUUUCCCGAGAAUUUGCUCUUAUCCUCCCUGAAUGCCACUCGUGCUGCCCGGAGCCCCUGUCUCGGGAUAUUUCUAACAUGGAUUGUGACCUUGAGGCUGUUACAGCCGACAUGCUGUCCGAGUGGAAGCCCGAGGACAACGCGUUUGGAGACGAUCAGGACUCACUUCAGUCCAGUUCGCCGGAGUCCUCCUUGGACUCCAUGUGCUCCUCACCCGAGAUGUGCUCUUGUUCCAGCGGACAUCAGGGAUUCAAGGAUUUCUCAUUUGGCUUCGCGGGACGCAGCGCAACACCGACGCAGAGGCAGACCAAGCCGAAGAUGUCCAUCAAGAGGCGCAUGAAGGCCAGCGAGAGGGAGAAGAUGCGGAUGAGGAGUCUUGCAGAGGCUCUGCACCAGCUCCGCGACUAUCUGCCGCCGGAUUACAGCAAGAGAGGCCAGCCCAUGACCAAAAUACAGACUCUCAAAUACACCAUUGACUACAUCAACAAGCUCUCAGACAUCCUGAACCGUGCGUAAUGAGCGCAAAACGGUUCACUUUUACGCAUGAACUCUACUCUCAUUUGGACAUCUGGUCUGGUGGCAAAGGCCUCUCUGCUGUUUGUUUUACAUCCUCUGUUAUGAGUUGUGCAACAGGUUUGAAGUAAUUUAUAUAAUUUUGUGUUUUUCUUCUUUUUGCCCCUCUUUUAUGUAAAUAUUUCGCAUUGGGCACUUGGCAAUUAAUCUGUAUAUGAGGCUGCCUUUGUUGUCAUUAUGAAAUCAAACUUU